GCACGGUCACGCCAAAAAAACACUCGCCACGACGCCAUUGCCAUCUCUUCCUCCUCCUCCUCCUCCUCCUAUAUAUAUGGCCACCCCAUCCCUCCCAAUUCCACAGCCUCGACUGCAACUGAAAGCAGCAAAGCAAAAGCCUGAGCCUCCACGCAGCAAAGAAGCAAGGCACCGCCUGCUCGAGCUCCAAGUCUCAAGAAUGUGCAAGGUGGUGAUCACGAUCCCGUCGCUCGUCAGGCUGCGCCGCACGCUGCGGCGGUGGCGGUCCCGCGCCGCGGAGGCCGCUUCAUCCUCCUCCUCCUCCUUGGCGUCGGUGCCGGCGGGGCACGUCGCCGUGUCCGUGCAAGGGACGGCACCGUCUUCUGGGCCGAGGCGGUUCGUGGUGCGGGUGGCGCACCUCAGCCACCCGGCGUUCCUGGAGCUGCUGCGGCAGGCGGAGGAGGAGUACGGCUUCCCGGCCGCACCGGGCCCCAUCGCGCUCCCCUGCGACGAGGACCACUUCCUCGACGUCCUCCACCGCGUGUCCUCCUCUUCCUCCUGCUGCUGUGGCCCGGUGGCCGCCCGGCGCGGGCGCGGCGACGCGCGGCCGCUGCUCCAAGGCAUGGCCGUCGAGAAGCUCGUCUGGUGACCGUGACACAUGCAGGCGAGCAAGUUCGGCAGCCAGCACGCGGGGGGGAAAAAAAAAGCAAAAGCGACUCGCCGGCUGGCGCGCCGGGAAGACCGUGCGCGCGCGCGCAGGCAUGCAGUUCGUGUCGGGGCAUCGGAGUAAAGGACGUCCUCCUCCCGUGUCCUACGUGUAGGCGGCGCCCCAACGGCGACGGCCGCGAGGGCAACUGGGGAAGGCACGGGCAUUGUUAGCAGCAGCGUGCCAGCAGCAACUGUUGCUGAUUGCUGUAGUGGUUGUUUAGCUAGGAGGUAGCUAGUAGAUGGUACUUGGAAGAAAUUGCUCCAAGGAUCAAGAUAGUAUGUGGCGAUUAUUUGAUUUUGGUGGUGUUUUUUUUUCUCUGUAAUAACUCGAUGAUCGAUCGUGCAAAGAGAAUAAACAAAGAAAUUUGUUCCUUGUAUAAAA